AUGGCAAAAGACCAACCGUUCGAGCAGUUUUCCGACGAGGAGGAGGAGGUGACUUCUUCGGAGGAGUCCGAGCUCGAGGAGGAGACGCCCCGCCAGGGCAAACCGAAGCCCGUUUUCGACGAGAAGGAUUCCGACGAGGAGGAGCUCGAAAAGCUGGUCUUGGGAGGGAAGGCCGACUUUCGCGAACAGCUCUUCCGGAACGAUGUGCUCGGCGAUAUCGAACGACUGGAGAAGGAGCAGAACCUGCAGCUCACCAAGCCCGACGAUCCUACACUAGAGAACGUUGCCGAUCACGACCUCUUCUUCCUCGACACCGGCGUGCCCGCGGCCAAGGGCUCCCAGGCCGGAAAGGCGACCAACCAAGAACAGACUGACGCAGAAGGCGCGCCUGCGUGGGAAGACAGCGACGACGAGCGGUUGACGGUCUCUCUGGCGACCGCGACGAGGUUACGGAAGCUACGCCUCACCGAAGCUGAGGAUGUGGUCAGCGGCGCCGAGUACAGCAGGAGACUGAGAACACAGUUCCUCCGCCUGAACCCCCUGCCGAAAUGGGCGCAAGAUUCCGAAGAGGGCCGGCCCGCCAAGAGAAGAAGACGCUCGUCCGCCGCCGCCACCGCCUCCGACUCCUCCAUCAGCUCCGACGAAGAGGGCGACGACAGCAGCGACACGGAGCUGUCCGCCGCGCCCCUCGACAAGUUCCUCCGCGACGUCCGUCGCCUCGCCGGCAGGGACGCCACAGGCAAGACCCGCCUCAGGCCCGAGGUCAUCGACAUCCAGCGCACUCGCGAGAUCCCCGACGCCCACAAGGCUGCCGUCAACAACCUGUCCUUCCACCCGAAAUACCCCGUCCUCCUCUCCUCCAGCGUCUCGUCCGUGCUGUACCUGCACCACCUCAACCCGACGGCCCACCCGACGCCGAACCCGAUGCUCACCUCGGUGCAGGCCAAGGGCGUCGACGUCCGCCGCGCCGAGUUCCUGUACCCGGCGGGCGACCAGAUCUUCUUUGCCGGCCGGCGCAAGUUCUUCCACAGCUGGGACCUCGAAUCCGGCCACGUGCAGAAGACGAGCCAGAUACAGGGCCACCGGCUCGAGCACAAGACCAUGGAGAGGUUCAAGCUCAGCCCCUGCGGGCGGUACAUGGGCCUCGUGGCGUCGACGAGAAAGGGCGGCGGCAUCAUCAACAUCGUCAGCACCGAGUCGAGGCAGUGGAUCGCCGCCGCGCGGCUCGACAGCCGGCACGGUAUCGCCGACUUUGCGUGGUGGAGCACCGGCGACGGCCUCUCGAUCCUCGGCAAGGACGGCUCCGUCGGCGAGUAUAGCAUGGAGGAGCGCAAGUUCCUCGCAGUGUGGCGCGACGAGGGCUGCGUGGGCGGCAUCGUCAUCGCGCUGGGCGGCCACCGGGGCCCGGAGCUCCUGGGCGACGACCGCUGGGUCGCUGUCGGGUCCAGCAGCGGCAUCACCAACAUCUACGACCGCGAGACGCUCGUCAAGACGUCCAAGACGGGCGAGGUCAGCGUCGAGACGCAGCCCGAGCCGGCGCGCCGCUUCGAGCAGCUGGUCACGCCCAUCACGGUGCUGACCUUCUCGCCCGACGGCCAGCUGCUGGCGUUCGGCAGCAGGGAGACCAAGGACGCGCUGCGCCUCGUCCACCUGCCCAGCUGCACCGUCUACAGGAACUGGCCCACGGCGCAGACGCCGCUGGGCAGGAUCACGAGCGUGGCGUUCGGGCGGAGCAGCGAGCUCCUCGCGGUUGGUAAUGACACGGGCAAGAUUAGAAUGUGGGAGAUACGGAGUUAG